AUGGUCACUUCAUGGAUCCUCAAUUUUUUGUCAAAUGAUACUGCGGACAGCGUAGAAUAUGUAUCCGAUGCCUUGGAAUUAUGGACUGAAUUAGAAGACCCUUAUGAUCAGACUAAUGGUGCAAAGCAAUACCAAAUUCAGAAGAAGAUCAAUGAUUUCAUCCAAGAAGCUCAUGAUAUUACUACAUAUUAUACUCGACUUAAGAAAUUAUGGGAGGAAUUGAGUAAUUUGAAUGUCAAAGAUCAAUGCAGCUGCACAUGCACUUGUGGGGCUAAGAAAGCAUCACAUAAGGCAGAACAAGACAGAAGAUUAAUGCAGUUCCUUAUGGGUUUAGAUGAAGUAUACAUUGUGAUCAGGGGGAGCAUACUAAUGAUGAAUCCCUUUCCAUCUAUGGGACAGGUGUUUGCUAUUUUAAUCCAGGAGGAGAAGCAAAGAGAGCUCAAGCCAAACAAUCAGAUGUUUCCUGAAUCUAGUUCUUUCAUGGCAGGAACAUCUAGUCUUUCCAGAGGAAGGGAACUCAGAACAAAUUAUUCCUCUUCCACAUACUCCUCUUAUCCAUCAAACAAGCUUCCAAAUGAGCCUACUAGCUCUUCCAAUUUCUCUAACACCAGAAAUUUUUGGACCAACUACUCUGUAUCCAAUCAUCCAUCCUCUAGUAAGAAUAGACCAUUUUGUGAAUACUGCAAGAAGUUAGGUCAUACAAAGGAAAAAUGCUACAAGCUACAUGGUUACCCCAAUCCCAUUCGCACAGCUGGUCCGACAUCUCAACAUUACCCCAACAAUGGAAAUAGAUACUCAACUAGUUCACAGUACUUUAACCAAGGUUCUAGAAGCAACAAUGGUAAUGGCACAACAUCUGCUAAUUCCGUGAAGUUGUCUUGUGAUUCUGCUAUAGGAUAUGAUGCUGAAUUUGGUUGCGCGCCUGCACAUAAAUUGAUACAAUAA